AUGACGAGUAUACCGAAAAGUCCAACUUCGAGCAAAAUAGACACUGUUUCGCCACUACAGCUGCCCUCACUGCAUCCUCCCCAUCAAUCCCCUCCUCUUUCUCCAAUACAACAGGUCCAACAUGAAGACAGCGAACAAAAGUUGGAUACCGAUCAACAGCAACCGUCACAACAGACUCCACUGCAAACUAAAAAAAGAAAACCACAAACUGCUGAAGAGUAUGCACAUCAACUAGAUCUUUGGAGGUCCUCGGGACCCCAAAUCAAUACAGAGUCGUGGCUCUACGAAGAUGUGGAAAAGCUCAACCCAAUUGAGAGUAAAGUCGAUAGUGCAAAAUUGCUUCACGCUUGCGAAAAAGCCUAUUACUUACGAGAUUGGGAAAAAUGUUUACUGUUGUGCAACUUGGGAGCUCGUUUAUUCGACGUUGAUUUGGAUGAAGUGGGAGAUGCAAUGAAACAGGAUUUACAACUGACUAGUAGGCGGAAACGUUUGGGCAAGAAACAUGAGAGAAGUGUUGUUGAUUUGUAUGAUAUUAAGCAGAGGUGUUUGAGUCGAAUGAAGGUGGAGCAGCAAUGA